GAAGCCGGCAUCCACUGACCCGUGAAAACUCAUUCAUCACCAAGUGUAGCCUCAUCAAGCUAGCAGUUAGCCUCACGCACUAACCACCGGCACGGCUAUGAACUCAUCGGCCGGUGGCAACGUCAGUCCAAUAGCCGUCAUCUAGUUAUCCAUAUUACCAGCGUUUCUAAAUCGAACCAGACGUUCCUUCCUUUGGGGCUUUCGGGAACUAACGUUAGCGCGUGACGUUUUCGGGAGAUCCGCGGGGGUCACACGAGCGGUGCGCUGUCAACAGUAAUGUCCGAGAAAGCGGCCCCUCGUUUGUUGAUACUACAGCACCGGUAAGGAUAAUACCGGCGUGCUCGGGAAUCGACCGUCAGCAGUCCGGUGUUUUUAGUUGCGUAAGGUGUCUGCUUCGCGGCGCGGUUGUAAAAACAUGGCCGAUCAGGUAGCGCCGAGGGGAUUGACUGCAAUGCAGUUCGACCUUAUAACUUAACGUCAGCGUGGCUUCAGUCGCUAGCCUCGCUUUGCUAACACAGGCUAGCUAGAGGUAACGAGUCGGCCGCCCGCGGUAGUUCACCAGACGCCUGUGAACCAAGUGGAGGACUAUUUGGAGCCCAGCGAAACGGUUUAAAUUCUAGCGUUAGUGGACCGAAGCUAGCGCGUUAGCUGCCCAUGCAGGGAACCCGCACUGUCAACAGCAUGUGACGUUGGAUGAGCGGCUCUCUCCUCCGUCACAGCCGGUGUUAGUGGCCGCGGCGUUGAAAAGGCAUUUAUGUUGUGUACGACCCUUUUGUUUAUUCACAAGAUUUGUGGACAGAUCGACUUCAGAGUAAGUCAUGCCUGGGAAACUGAAGGCCAAAAUAGUGGCUGGUCGCCACUUGCCGGUGAUGGACCGAGCCAGUGACCUCACGGAUGCAUUUGUGGAGGUCAAGUUUGGAAACACGACUUUCAAAACAGACGUGUGUCACAAGUCCCUCAACCCACAAUGGAAUUCAGAAUGGUUCAAAUUUGAGGUGGAUGAUGAGGACUUGCAGGACGAGCCAUUGCAGGUCACAGUUUUGGACCAUGACACGUACAGCGCUAACGACGCCAUAGGGAAGGUUUAUAUUGACAUUGACCCGCUGCUGUGCAGUGAGGCGGCCUCUGUCAUCUCCGGCUGGUUUCCCAUCUAUGACACGAUCCAUGGGAUCCGAGGGGAGAUCAAUGUCCUUGUCAAAGUGGAGCUUUUCAACGAUUUGAACCGCUUCAGACAGUCGUCGUGCGGGGUCAAGUUCUUCUGCACCGCAUCCAUUCCACGGUGCUACAGAGCAGUAUUGGUGCACGGGUUUGUGGAGGAACUUGUUGUGAAUGAAGAUCCAGAGUACCAGUGGAUCGACCGCAUAAGAACUCCUCGGGCCUCCAAUGAGGCCCGGCAGAGGCUCAUCUCUCUUAUGUCAGGGGAGCUGCAGAGAAAAAUCGGGCUAAAGGUACUGGAGAUGGGUGGGAACGCAGUGGUGGGCUACUUGCAGUGUUUCGACCUGGAGGGAGAAUCGGGUCUGGUGGUCAGGGCCAUAGGCACGGCCUGCACGCUGGACAAACUCAGCUCUGGGAGUGCCCCCAACACCAACACACACAUGCACCCGAGCACAGCCCCUGCUUCCAAUGCCUGCAAUUCCCCUUCCAAGGAUGGAAAGGAGCCGGUUUUUGGUGAGGACAUGACCUCGACCUCCGGCCCGCCAACCCCUUUCAGAGCCCUUCCCACCACCUCCUCCUCUCUUCCCCCCUUCUCUCCCUCCAAGCCUUGCAGCCGCCAGUCCUCAUCAUCAGACACAGACCUCAGUUUGACGCCCAAGACGGUGGAGCCAGUGAGACGCAGGCUGGGGAUCUUCCUCUGCCCCAGUUCCCCCACCCUCUCCACAGACACACUGUCCCUUCUUGGUUCUGGCUUAGUGGGCUGUGGUAACACCUCUGAUCCCAGAGCCACCACCCUGCCCCCUCCCUCCACCGUCCACUCAGACAGUGUCUUGCUGAGAAAGAGCGUGUCCUUCACGGAGGACCUGCUGCUGGCAGCCUCCGGAAUGGGGAGUGGGGGCAGCGUCGGGAAGGAGGCGGGGCCUCUGAAGACCCUGCUCAGGCAGCAGACGCAGACGGCUCUCGAGCAGAGGGGAGCGACCUCCUCUGGGUUAUUGUUAAACGCCAGGGAGUUCCCCUUCUUCACCUUGACGUCUUUCCCACUUGGUUUUCUGGUUCAUGUCGGCGGGGUGGUCAGUGCUCGCUCGGUCAAACUAUUGGACCGUAUACACAACCCCGCCUUGGGUGGCACACGCUCAUACAAACUGCUAGACUGGAAUAGUGUCACUGCAGAUGAGCCAGAGACUCGCGAUGCCUGGUGGGAGGAGAUCCGCCAGGAGAUCAAAUCUCACGCCAAAGCUCUUGGUUGCCAUGCUGUUGUUGGGUACAGCGAGAGCACUAGCAUCUGUGAGGAGGUGUGUAUCCUGUCAGCAUCUGGCACAGCAGCCAUCCUCAACCCUCGGUACAUGCGUGAAGGCUGCCUAGACAUCGGAAUUACCGACCACAGGUUUGAGGAGCCGUCUCCCCCGAGCUGUGGCUUCUGCCACAUUCCGUAUGAUGAGCUCAACAUGCCCUUUCCUGCCCAGCUCACCUACUGUUACCUCUGCAGGCGACAAAAGGUUCCCGAUGUGCUCUUCACAACCAUCAACCUACCAGCAGAAGCGGCUGUUACGGGGAAGGGCUGCCUCAUCCAGGCCAGACUGUGCCGUCUAAAGAAGAAGGCUCAGGGAGAAGUGAACGCGACAGCCAUCUCCAACCUGCUGCCAUUCAUGGAGUACGAGCUGCACACUCAGCUGAUGAACAAGCUGAAGCUGCGGAGCAUGAACGCUUUGUUCGGGUUGCACAUACAGAUCAGCGUCGGAGAGAACAUGCUUCUGGGUCUGGCUUCUGCUACAGGCGUGUACCUGACAGCCCUGCCGCCACCGGGGGGCAUCCAGAUUGCAGGGAAGACUCCUGGUGACCUGAGCGCUGAGCACCACAUCCUCACCAUCCAGAAAAGGAUCAAUGACACCAUAGCCAAGAACAAAGAGCUGUAUGAAAUAAACCCACCGAAAUUAUUUGCGCUGGACCCUGAGGUAUUCUGCGGCAUAAACAUGGAGCUGACGGAGGAAGUGCUCGGUUCUCCGGUUCCCGACUCGAGGCAGCGAUCCAGACUUUUCCGCUCCCACUCGGAAAGCUCAGACGAAGUGUCAGAGUUGGACCUCUCGCACGGCAAGAAGGACGCCUUCGUCCUCGAGAUUGAUGACACUGAUGCUGUGGAGGACAUCCACUCCCUCCUCACUGAUGCCCCUACGCCCACAGGUUUCUACAGCUGCAACACCGAGAUCAUGCCUGGGAUUUACAACUGGACUUCAGGAGUUCAGAUGUUUACAUCUGUGAGGGUCUUUAGGUUGAGUAACGCCAAUCUUACUAACCAAGGCUUGAACAAGAUCUUCACUGACCUAUGUGAGAAUCUGCUGAAGAGUUUUUACUUCAAGUUACGCUCUAUGAUCCCCUGCUGUCUGUGUCAGCUCAACUUCACCGUAGCCGUGCCAGAGGAGGAACUCAUACAGGUCACGGUGACAGCCGUUGCCAUGACGUUUGACAAAGACCAGAAUCAGGAGAAGACUGCAGACAAGCCACCCGCCAAAGGAGGCAACGAGACUGAAGAGCAACUGCAGUUUCCCUUGGAGUUAUGUGCAGACCCAUCGUCCGCCAACUGUCAGCCAGCAUCCAAAGUCUCAGGUGUCCCAGAGUGUUCCAACUUCUCAUCCAGAGCUGCCUCCGUUGAUUACGGUUCCUUUGCAGACAGAUGCAGCACCUGGCUAGAGCUGCUUAGGCUGAAAGCUCACACCAUAAGACGUGGAUCAGUUAAGACAAGUAGGAGGACACGGUCUCUAGCACACUCUGUCUCCUCUUUGGAGCGCUCCAGUCCGCUGCCAGAGGGCCGCUCGCGCUCGCUGCGGUCCAACCGCUCGUUUGGGGGGAUUUCCGUCACCGUGGUGAAGAUGACGCCGCUCUCGUUCCUACCCGGGACACGCAUCAUUAAAUACCUCGGGAUCAUCAACAUGUUUUUCAUCAGAGAGACGACAUCUUUACGAGAGGAAGGGGGUGUCAGUGGCUUCCUCCAUACGUUCAUAGCAGAGGUGUUUUCGAUGGUUCGAGCCCAUGUAGCUGCCUUGGGGGGCAAUGCAGUGGUGUCUUAUAGUAUGAAAGAGUGUAUGUUAAUGGAAAAUCCAAACAAGAACCAGGCUCAGUGUCUCAUUAAUGUGAGCGGUGAUGCCGUCAUCUGUGUCAGGGAAACGGACCAGGAGCCCACUCCCUCAACAGCAAGUAUCGGACAGACCUGCACUAGUGCCACAGACGAGGCUACAUGACAGCGGACCACAGAGACUCACGUUGUCUGCAGGACACACAAUCUGAGCGAACGCGCUUUCUGAGUCUAGCCGUCCAAAAAUGAGUCAUUUAUGCCUGCCUUAAAUCUUUGUAACCACAGAUUUAGACCCAGGUAAUAAAGAACAAAUACUCAUACACUCAGAAACAUGCAGUCUGUAUUAAUAUGGUACUUGCAUGUUUCUUUUGAUUUUAAAGCACAUUUGUGCAGAAGAUACUGAUGUAGCUCCCUUGGGAAUUGGGUACUCUGGGUAUUUACAAACAGUAGCCAAAGGACCCCUGCAUUUCAAUUUUGUAUAUGUAUUUUGGACACUCAUCCAUAAUGGGGUCACCCAAAGCUACUGUAUAUUGGUCAUUCAUUUGUUUGUGGACAAAAGAGCGGCAGCUAUGACUUUUUUUUGCAUCUACAGCUCACAGGAGGAGUAAUUACAUGACCAAAGGGAUAUAGAAUGCCAACAGAUUGUUUUAAAGUGGGCACAUAAUGACGAUGGCGAGCAGGGUUAGGGUUCCUCAAAAUAGAAAAUCAAUUUGAAUUGAAACAACCCAGAGAACACUGAUACCAAUUCUUUAUAGUUAUAUCUAUUUCUUAAUUAGUGUCCUGUCGUCAUGUCUAAAUUUUAUUUCAUUUUGUUGAUGGAUAAUCAUCUUAAUUACUAUCAAAGUGUUGCUCACAGUCAGUAUCCUACAGGGAUCAAAUGUCAAAUAAUGAUCUCCGCUAUAUUAAUAAUAAUGAAAACAAAAAAUAGCAAGGGUUUCAUGCACAUGUAUGAUGAGAAUUUUCCUGAUUCUCCUUAUUCCAGUGAUUUAUUUUAUUCAAACCAUUAGAAUUUUAUAUUGCUUUGUUAUAAAAAUUGCUUAUAUUAUAUAAAGGAUUUAGAGGGCAAAGUUAUAGGUGUAGGGGGUCAUAUGUGGUCCUUUGGGGUCUAGCACCAGAAUGGGUUCAAUUAAACCUUCAGCAUUUUUGUUCUGCACCUUUUGUCAAGUUGUUACUGUUGAUUAAUGCUCUGUAUAACAGUCCUGCUACUAAUCUCUACAUCUUUGAUGUUAUUGUCCAAUGCUGGAAAAAAGAACAGCAUAAUGGUGUAAAAGUGCCAGCUGAAAAUAAACUGUGUAAAUGUUCUCUAAAGUCAGAUUUUAGUAUUUUUCUAGGACAAAAUGUAUGAAAACUAUAGCUCAUUUAAACUGUGUAAUGAAUUCCAGAUGAUGCGCUGUCAGAAAAAAAAGUGGUACUCUAAUCUGUUUGUCUGAUCAGCCGCGUUUCAUAUAUUGUCUAAAACUUGAAUGUACAUACAUAGAUGCUUUUUCUUUAUGACUAGCCGCAUGCAGACCCACUUUUUAUCUGUUCACCUGUUCAGUCAUGCACAAUAAACGCAGUCAAACCAAAA